AUGCCACCGGAUGUGAACAAAGCAGCAACCAGUGUGGAGGUGUGUGGUUGCAUGAGCAUGAGUGAUACAGUGAAGGAAGGAAGGGCAGGCAGUUUGAAAGGCCAUUUCAGAGAUGGGAUCAGGAGAGUUAGGAUGAUCGAUGCUGUUUUUGAAGAGAUUCAUGAUGUCUCUGCUACUAAUACUAUAUGGUUCUCCUUCCUUUGUUGGCUGUCUGCCCUCUGUAUCUGUAAGAAGGAAAAGGUAGUCGUGGUUCUGAUCAUGACUUCCACUUGUGAUCACUUGUUGGAACUUGGAAGUGGGGAGAAGACUUGUGGAUUAGUAUGGGCUCUCCAGUGCCUUCCUAAUUGUUGUCGUGCCCCUGGUCCCUAUGAACUCCGAUGCGAGUUUGAUUACUGCGCUCGUAGAGCGGUGGCGACCCGAGACGUCGACCUUCCAUAUACCGUUUGGACUGUUUGGCUAAGGGAUGAAUUCAGUCAUCUGCCGGGAAAUGCAUCACAGGAGGUUAUAGAGCAGUUUGCACGAGCUUAUGCUCUAUCUCUGAUGGGAGGUGUACUGUUCCCGGAUCGGUCUGGAGCUACGGUGCACCUACAGUACCUACUUCUGGUUGAGGAUUGGCAAAUAGCUGGACGGUUCGCCUGGGGAGCUGCUGUUUUAUCCUACCUGUACCGUGAGAUGGGUAGGUCGGCUUUGCACAUUACGCAUUCCGGCACUUCUCUAGGCGGUGACCUUGGUGGAUGGGUCGCCCUACUGCAGCUCUGGGCGUGGGAGCAAUUCCCACAUCUGGCACCUCGACAUUCAGAGACGAGGGCACAGAUUUCUGAGGAUGCAUCCCCACGUGGUCUUCGAUGGAUUCCAGCCAACACUCGUCGGUAUGGUGACCAGCUAUUCCAGUACAAUCUGUGGUUUGACGCGAUGGACACCGUGGUGUGGCAACCUUACCUUGAGAGAGCACUUCAUCUCAGAGGUAGUGUGAUACAGUCUGAGACGUUUCAAGCAGUAGUGCCACUUAUCUGCUUUUCAUCGGUGAUGUGGCACCAUCCAGACCGCGUGCUCCGGCAGUUUGGCAUGAGGCAGCAUUAGCCUCAUCCGCCAAAUCCUGAGGCUGAGGUUAGGUUUUUUCUUCGUCAGACUACUCGUGGGC